UUCUCACACUCUAACCUUAGUGUUCAUUCCUUUUUGCUAUAAAUAUGAAUAACAUACCAUCAUUACCAAGUAAGUAAAACCCCAUCAUUUGUAAACCCAACACAUACACUCUAUAAUUUUCUUGUUCAUAAUCAUCAAUGGCGGCAUCAAUUAGUCGUCGGCUUUUGGGUCUAAUCAUUUCAUGCUUAAUGAUCAAUCAAGUGUGUGGAGGAAUUGAAGCACCAAAAGUGAAGCUAGAUUUGUAUUAUGAAAGCUUGUGUCCAUUUUGUGCCAACUUUAUCAUCAAUCCUAAUGGUGGACUUCCUGUCUUGUUUCAAAGUGGCUUGAUUGAUAUUGUUGACCUUCGCCUUUUCCCUUGGGGAAAUGCUUGGUUUACUUCCAAUAACUCCUUUGUUUGUCAGCAUGGUCCUGAUGAAUGUUUGUUUAACACUAUUGAAGCUUGUGCUAUUGAAGCUUGGCCUACUUUGGACGGUCAUUUUCCUUUUAUUACUUGCGUUGAGAGCCUUCUUUAUGAGGGAAAGUACACAGAAUGGGAGACUUGCUUCGACCGAUUGGGCUUGGACCCUACACCUGUUACUACUUGCUACAAGGGUGAAACCGGUAAAAAGCUAAAUCUAAAGUAUGCAUCUUUAACUGCUGCACUUGACCCUCCUCAUGAAUACGUGCCUUGGGUGGUUGUGGAUGGAGAACCGCUUCUUGAGGAUUAUGGGAACUUUAUAAGUUACAUAUGCAAAGUUUACAAAGGAUCACCACCAAGUGCUUGCAGCAAAGAGACCUUUAAAAGUCUUUCGAGAAAGAAGAUUAAUCAUGUAUAUCCUGUCUGCUAUGCUGAACAAACUUUGAAGGUGUCACCUUGGAUGAAACUUCGAUCAAUUUUAAGUUCAUGGGUGGAUAAAUUUAUGAUGAUAUAAAACUUAUAAACUAUUUAGAGAUUCUAGUUGUAAGUUUCAAAUACGAUGCUCUAAUAUCAUGGCUUUUUAUUUUAAGAUCUCGUACAAUUAUACUCUAUUUUACAUCUGCCUAAAAUCAUUUCUGAGUUUAUUGAUUGUUUACUAUGUCAAGAAGCUAUAAAUGCAUACUCGGUAUGGAUUUUAUGGCUUGCUCCUAUUAGCACUAGUGUUUGCUUAAGGAAUGUAAAUAUUUUAUACUUUUAUGUAUGAGUUAGAGUAUGUAAGUACUUUGUAAGUGGAUCGAAGUUGUUAUCAAUUAUGUGACUUGAGUGCACAUAUAAUGAGUGUAUUCAUGUAUGAAUCUUGGAUUUGGAAUCCAAUGGGUGUGAUAAUGUGAGAGAUUAAAUUGUUAA